AUGAACGGCUCGUUCCCGCCCCUCCUCCUUGUGGACAUUAUUCGCUCGGCCUUCUCCAACCUUAUAAACGGCCCCACCCCGGCGACGGCCUCGACGACAACGUCGGCCGCUAACGCCACCAUGGCGCCCACCGUCGACCAGGCCCGCGACGCUCCCGAGCCGUCCACAGACACCUUUACCCUAUUGCCAGCCGAUCUGAACAAGCAACCGGAAGAGGUGUUCGAUAUAGUGUGCAAACUCGGGGAAGGUUCUUAUGGCGCCGUCCACAUGGCAAUACAUAAGACGACCAACCACACUUUAGCCAUCAAGAAAGUACCUGUCGACACUGAUUUACAGGAAAUCAUCAAAGAAAUCAGCAUCAUGCAACAAUGUGAUAGCAGAUAUGUAGUCAAAUACUACGGGUCGUACUUCAAAAAUUCGGAUUUAUGGAUCGUGAUGGAAUAUUGCGGGGCUGGCUCCGUCUCCGACAUUAUGCGACUACGCCGCAAAACAUUGAACGAAAUGGAGAUUUCCUCGGUCCUGAGGGAUACGUUGAAAGGGCUGCAAUAUCUCCACGGCUUGAAGAAGAUCCAUCGAGAUAUCAAGGCUGGAAAUAUCCUAUUGACGAUCGACGGGCACGCGAAAUUGGCCGAUUUUGGGGUGGCUGGACAGCUGACGGAUACAAUGGCAAAGCGGAAUACGGUAAUCGGGACACCAUUUUGGAUGGCUCCGGAGGUUAUCGAGGAAAUUGGUUAUGACACAAAGGCUGAUAUGUGGUCGUUGGGAAUUACGGCUAUUGAAGCUGCUGAGGGGAGGCCACCAUAUGCUGAAAUCCAUCCAAUGAGGGCGAUCUUCAUGAUUCCGACAAAACCACCACCAACCCUCAAAGAACCAAGCGAUUGGUCUCAUGAAUUCAACGACUUCGUCAUCCGCUGUCUUGUCAAAAAACCGGAUGAGCGGGCAACAGCUGCCGAACUACUCAAACAUCCGUUCAUCGUAAACGCCGAGGGCCCAGGAAUCCUAGAAGAAAUGAUCCAAGACGCCAAGGACAUUGCCGAGGCAAAUAAUGCAGCUGCCGCACAUAUGGGCCUGGAUGACAGCGAAUCGGGUACGAUGUUGCGGAACGAGGAUGCUACUAUGAUAUCGUUAGGAGAUGAUGGAACUUUAGUUCAACAUCCAACAAUGGCUGCCUAUCAAACUGCCGAAUCGUUGAAGACACAGCUGCAGUUGUUAUGGGUUGGCGGAAGGGUGCCUAUUAGCGCACGAGUGCCACAAGCACAAUAUGGCAACGGCAAUGGCCCCCCGCCCCAAUACAACGAAGCCCUUGAUGUCCUCCACCAAAACCAGGAGACACUCGUCAAUUAUGCAGACAAAACAUACUCUGCGGUUGGCGAUCAGAAUGACACCAUGCCCUCAUCACAUACAUCUCAGACGAUGCACCCAGCCGCAUACCACCAAGCUGUCCCUUCAGGAGAAAACUUCGAAUUCCUCCGUGCUCUACCGCUGCAGGACCUGAUCGCCAAGCGCGAUAACCUAGAAAAAGAGAUGGAUAAGGAGCUGGAAGAGCUCCGCCACAGGUACCAAAUCAAGCGACAACCGAUCCUCGAUGCAAUCAAUGCGAAAAACCAAAUGACCAUA